AAUUGCACGUUUGUAGAUGAAACAAAAAUUCGUAAUACUUCAAAUGCUGAUGGAUAAAUUAGUAAUACUCAAAGUAUAACGUUUAUUGUUUUAUCUUUCAAAAUUUUUAAAAUGGUGCUAUGUAACAAUGGACUUCAACACUCUGUAAACAAGCUGAGUUAGAAAGGAAUAAACUAUUGCACCUGUAACUGUAUAUUGAAAUAUGCCGGAAAUCCCUUUUAUUUUAACAGAAUGGCAAGAAAUCAACUCUUCACUUUAUGCACCCAUCAAUGCAACCAAAAAAAUGCAGUACACGUGUAUGGCCACUUCAAGCAAUUAUAUUGUUCUUGGAGCAACCAGUGGAAGUAUUUAUUUGUUUACAAGAGACCCUUGCGUUUUUCAACAGCUUAUUCCACUAUCGGAAGGAGCAGUUGUUCAAGUACAAAUAUCACCUGAUGAGAAAACAAUAGCCUUAGCUACUGUCAGAGGAAGUGUUUGCUUGGUGUCUUUGAAGCCAAGUUUUAAGCUCAUUACUGUAUCUAAUGAGCAUACAAAAGAAAAAGUAACUUGCUUGUGCUGGAAUGAUAGCAGUUCAGAAGUUUAUGUUGGAGAUGAAUCAGGAAAAGUGUCUGUACUUGUUCUAUUUUGUUUUAUGAUAAAUGGUGUAUUCCCAUCUCCAUCUUAUGCCUUGAUGAAUUUAGAGUCAAAAGUUGUACAAAUGAAUUAUGCUGAUACUACACUAUUAAUAUCGACUUUAAACCGAUGUUACAUUUGUGACACUGUGCAAGAGGAAUUCAAAAAAAUUGGAAAUAAACCAAGGGAUGGUGAAUUUGGAGCUUGUUUUCUAAAAACACACAGUAAUGUUGGCAAAGUUCCUGCUACAGAAGAAAAUAUACAAAAGCAAAUUUCGACUGUUAAGAAAGUGUUCAGUUUGAGUGGAGAUUUUGACUGUAGAGAUGGUCACACGGAGGGUCUUCCACAAAUUUAUUGUGCUCGUCCAAGCUCAAGACUUUGGGAGGUCACUACAGCUGGUGAAGUCAUUAAAACUCACCAGUUCAAAGAUGCCUUGGCCAUUGCACCAAUUCCCGUGUACAAGCCACACAUUGAAAAAACUUUGAAAUCAAACGACCAAAGUCAAUUGUGGCCAGCACAAUCAAUUAAUUUUGCUCAACUUUUUGUAAUUAGUGACAAGUAUUUAUUUUCUUACACGUCAAAUGGACUCUAUAUUCUAGAUCCAGAAAAUGCCAAAGUUGUCCUUUGGAAUGAUGAAUAUCCAGAUAUAUUAAUGGCACAAAUUGCACAUGACAAAAUUUAUUUGAUGACCUCUUCUGGGGUCUUCAACUGUCUUUCUCUCACAUCCGUUGAUUCCUUAAUUUUACAACUUUAUGAAAAGAAAUUAUACAAGGAGUGUUUAGAAUGUUGCCACAUACUCAAACCGCAACUCGUUCUUUCUGCUCCUGAGGAAUUUUGUGAUAUUAACAGUGAACAGGACAUAGACUUACCAAAGGUUCUUUUACCUGUUAUUUCAAGAAUCAAUUCUCAUGAUAAUACUCAUGCAGUGAAAUUAGAAUCUGGUAUUAUUGUUGUGAAUAGUGUCAAUAAAAGUUCUAAUGGUUUUACUCCUACAACCGAAAAAGAACUCAAUGCAAAAGACAUUCAACGCAUGCAUGAACUAGAUGAUUUGAUGAUUACAUUGGAUCUAAAUGACACAUCCGAGGCGGAAAAACAUAAUCGCAUACUACACGCGAAGGCAAACGGUAGUGAAAAUAGUGAAUUUAACGAAAAAUCAAAAGACUCUAAAUCAAAUGAAAUGUCUUCUUUGCAAACAACUAUAUUCAACAUACAAUCUGACUUGGAGUCAUUAAGUGUGUCUAUGUAUUCACAACUGGAACCUGAUAUGACUGAAGAGCAAUUAAGGGAAGUUAUAAAAUUUGUGAUGGAAAGUCUAGUUUGUAUCAAAGAAAAAUACGAAGUAUCGCGCGAAUUGCAAACUUACUUAUUCGAAGUUAUCCGCUCGGCUGAGCUGCACUAUUACAGUACUCUAUUAGAAAAUUUAUCAAUCGAAUUGAUUCAUAAAAUGGAAAAUUACGAAGUACUGAAACAGCUAGUCAAAAUUAUUGUCGACGUCAAUUCUUUCAAGUACAUCAAAUGUUACUGUGGUUUUCCUUAUCCGGUAUUCGGUUCAAAGAUUGACAAAUUCAUUGAACCAAAGUUUUUUGAUUUGGCAAAAGUUCUUUUGUUAAAAUUUAAUUUAAACGAGCGUGACGAUUUAUGUUUACAAAUAUGCAACCAAAUAUCUUGCCUGUGGAGAGAUUACUUGCCACUUCGAGGAUACGCAAAACAAAAAUUGCCAAAUUCCUUAUUAAAGCAGUGCCUUCAAAUUAGAGAUAAUCAUGUGUUAGCUAUUAUCUUACCUGCGUUGGACGAGCAGCAGUGGAAAAUAGUUGCCAACUGUUUCGACAACAUACGAAACGGUCGUUGUGUGAAUUGCAAUAAAUAUUACUGCAACGAUGAAAUUUCAUCAAAGGAAUUUUUCAUUGAUUGGCACGGUAUCACACAUUUGAUUAUUAAAAAAAAAGGACCUAAAGAAGCUCUGACAUUUCUUUCCAAGGUCAAUAGGAAUUUGCCCCAUAUAUCCUUCGACAAAAGCAUAUACCAGUCAAUUAUAUUUUCCUCGAUAUUACAUCAUCAUGGGAUAGACCGUGCAGUUGAGCUUGAUCGAUCUAGCGUCGAACAAAAUUCUGUGUGCUCUCCUAAUGUCCUACAAGAAGUGAUAAAGGCCACAGAAAAUGAUUUGGAAGAACUAGUGAACAAAGAGCUCUUUGGCUCGGGUCCUCAUCACUGGGGUAUGCGCUACAAAAAAAUCACAUCAACGUGUCCUUGUUGUACACUAUUGUUGCAAACGCCGGUUUUGUUAGGCAACAGCGGUAUAGCUCUUUUUUCUUGUGGUCAUGCUUACCACGUAAACUGCAUGAUUCAAAAGAAGAUUUCGAGGUGUAAUCUUCACACGUAAAAAUUUAAUACAAGGACGUGCAGUCGUACUUAUGUCAGACUGUUUAACAUUUUUACUAUAUUAACUAAUUAUCUAGUCUCGAACCAUAAUUUUAAAAAUUAUACUUAUGGAAAUUUUUUUUUUUAAAUAAGAUUAUGUGUACAGACA